AUGCCCGAUAUAGAAAUGACGAGCGUUGACGAGACGGACGAAGCGAUUCUGGUGCAGCGCGAGGACAGCGGCGCGGGCGGCGGCGAGCGUCAGAUCCAAAUCCAUCCGCUCGUGAUCGUGAACAUCACUGACCACCAGACGCGGCAGAAAUGCAACUCGCAGCUGAGUCAGACAGAGGCUCCGCAAGUCAUUGGCGCACUGUUUGGUAUCCAGAAAGGCCUGGACGUGGCCGUGUACGACUCGUUUGAGAUGAAGUACGAUAUUUUGCAUGGCGAGAUGCAGAUCGACAAGGAGUUCCUCACCUCGCGCAUCCAGCAAUUUUCGCAGGUGUUCCCUGGUUUCGAGCUGCUGGGGUGGUACACAGUUGGUGCGCAAGCUCUUCCUAGUGAUUUGGCGGUGCACCGCGUGGUGAUGGAGUUCAACGAGAGCCCGCUGUUUAUGAUCCUGGACCCAGAAGCGAAAGGACCGAGCACGAAAAAGAAGCUGCCCAUUUCGCUCUAUGAAUCGGAACUGCACAUGCUGAACGGCGUGCCCAAGAUGAUUUUUGUCAAGGCGCCGUUCAAGAUCGAAACGUCAGAGACAGAAGGUAUUGCCAUUGACCAUAUUUCCAAGAUCACACCCGUUGGCGAUGCCAGCAAGUCUACCCUGCAUCCGUAUCUAGGCAAUGUGCGAGACGCUGUCAAGAUGUUGGACCGGCAGGUCGACGUCUUGCUGUGCUUUCUGCAGGCUACGAAGAACGGCGAGGCGCCGAUGGACCACAACCUGCUCCGCCACAUUUCCAGCAUUUGCAACCAGCUGCCAGCAAUGCAAUCGGAGCACUUUGAUGCGGCGUUCGCGCUAGAGUACAACGACGCGCUUUUGGUUUCGUACCUAGCGACGCUCACGAAGGGCACUACAACCGUCAACACUGUCGUGGAUCGCUUUGCCGUCACGCAGGAACGGCACCACCACCACCACCAUCAGCGAGGCACGCUGUUGUGA